CGGCUGAGAAAAACAUGGACACAACCCAACCCAAAUCCCGACCUAAAACAUCAGCGGUGUGGGAAAACUUCACCAAGACUGAAAAGGAAGGCGUUCAGUGCAACAUUUGCAAAGACUGUUUUGCAUGGCUCGGGAGUACAUCGAUGAUGCGUGAGCACAGGGCUCUCAAGUCUCACGCAUUCAGCGUAUGACACACGCAUUCACACUCGUUCACACGCUCACACACCACACAUUGUAUUUCUCACGCAUUUAAAUGAACACAGUGAUGUCCACCAAUUUGCACUUCUUCAACUAUGGGACUGGGGGAAAUCAACUGAGUUCCUCUGAGAGUUCAGAAGCUGCGUGCCACGCACAAGCCAAUCAAAUAAAGUAUAUCUACUGAACAGCCAAUCAAAAAGCAGCAUUGCUGUAUCCGGGUAGAUUUUGAUAUCUUGCGGUUUAACUACAGAAGAAGACAGACACUCGCCGAAAUAGUUCAUUUAUUUCAUAAAUGCAACUCGCUACAGUUUUUUAUAUACUUUGUAUAAAGGUUAAAAAAAAAAGAUAUAUGCAAUGUUAUCUUCAUUUUAGAUGUCAAAGAGGUUUUGUGGCUCCCUGUGUUUUCUUUUCUGUGGGAAACUGGUCCAAGUGGCUCUUUGAGUGUUUAAGGUUGCCGACCCCUGGGCUAAACAGUAAGUCAAAAUGAAACGUUCACACUUGCAGAUGCCACGUUUGUAGUAGGAUCACGGAUAGUUGGUACGGAUCCAUUCUUUAUCUUCAGACAUCUAGCAAAUCCAGCGUUGAACUGUCCCUCGUUUAUAAAACAGUCCGAAGUGAAAUGGUGCGCACAUACGUACAGAUAUGUUGGAAGUGCCGCGGGUACAUUCCCAUUAUAAAUAAAAUCCACCCAUUGAGUCCUCAAAUCCUACGAGGGAGUUUUCAAAAGAGUUUUGUGCUCGUUUGUACAGCCAACAAUAGAGCAAACGCUGCCUCUUUUUCAGAUCAUACUUCCGCCAUGGUUCUAACCGGAACUAUGCGAGCGAGCGGCCGAGAAUAAUGGCGGUGUUUUGAUAAUUUUGUGGGCAGGGCAGUGGGCGGCUCCAUGGGCAGUAGCAUCAACCCGCCAGCACUGACAUGAUGUCAUUUCAGUGGAGUAUUCAGAACGGCCGGUGUUAUGCCGUAGAAUGCACCCCCGACGGGAGCGCGGUUGAAAGUACUUAACAAGGCGAAAAUAAUCAUAAGUAACAAGUUUUCCUGAUUAUUGGAUGAAUUCAUAAGCGCAUGCCUUUAAUAAUUUCAUUCAGGCUAAUCAGAUAAGUCGAAAAAAUAGCCCUCUGAUUCGGAAUAUUUGCUGUCCCGAAAAUGUUUGCUAGCUUGACAGCUAACUGUACAAUUUAUAUACCCAAGUACACCUCCGUAUGUGCAUUUUUGAGACACAUAAAAACAGAACAAAAGUUGUCACGAUCAAAUACUCGUAUGUUUUAAAAUAUGAGAUCAUUUUCUUCCACUUUAAGAAGCUAAGAGUGGAUGGGAUGCAGGGGGUGCAUUCUACGGCAGGGGUGCAUUUUACGGCACAACACCGGCUCUGAGCACACAGUUCCUAAACACGGAGAUGACUACAAAGCGACUGGAUGGAAUUUUUUCAAACUUGGGGGGAUUGUAGCAGUUUUCUAUCCCUGAUAUGCACCCCCCUCCCGUUAACAAAGUCAGUUUUUCAUGCCAUGGUCCCUUUAAAUCUUACAUCUCUCUCUAAGUAGGUGUGAAGUCUUUCAUAAAUACAGGCCUAAAUACAGUCAUGGUGAAUCAUCUUAAGAGAUGGGAUAACUUGGAGGAGAAUGAUCAUUAACCAUAAAAAGGCAUCAAUAUGAAUUUCAGUCUAUUUUUAUGAAUAUCAAGAAACUCCUUAUGGGAGCUUUCAAGAAGAAGGCCAUGUCUUUAAGAGUUCAGGGUCGUCGACCCCUCCUCCUCUGGCGUUUGGGGAGACAAAGUUCAUGUUCCCCUAAGGAACAGAUGUCUUUUGGGAAAUCCAGGUAAAAGCCAAAAGUAAAAAGUAAAAGUGAAAUCCCAUGUCUGCUCUUUAUGUGGGACAAUAGAGGACAAAAGAAGGUUGAGUCUGCUCUCCAGAUUCUUUUAGAGACGCUCUUUUUUAUUAUUAUUUUUUGUUGAUAAGUCUUCAAUUCAUUUGAUCUACACAGCCAACAGACAGCAAAAAAGGACAAUGACUGCAAGAGGAGAGGCGAUAAAUACCCUUGAUGAGGGACAUGAAGAUUAAAUGAGCUUCUAUUGUCAUCAAGAUGCAAAUUUCAUGUCUGUUCAAGGUGCUUGAAAAUGAAAAGAGAUUUUCAAAAGAGAGAGAGGGCAUUUCUGUGCAAAUAUUCUAAUCCUUUCCAUCACCAUCUCCUUCAUUAUCAGGCCUUUUACAGGCAGACUGAUGUAAGUCCACCUCCAAUGUCCCCUCACCUCCCUCCUACUCUUAGGUAUCACCCUCAUAUCACAUUGCCCACAGCUCAAGCCCUCCUACAUCCCUCCUCAGAUACUUGGUAUGUCACUCUGCAGCUCCCUGUGACUCCCUGCUCCCCUAACAAGUUUCAACAGGCCUGUCACUGCUCAUCUGUGGACUACAAAGACCGCUGUGUGUCUCAUUUAUAUUCCAUUAUUAGGAAUCUGGGAGAGAAAGAAGAGGAUUCAAGCCUGCACCAAUCUGUCAGAUCUGUCAGGUUAGAGCAAAUAUAAAUACAAGAAACAUACAGACAACCUUAGAUCAGAUGAUUUUAAUAGGUUUAGACCUUGGCCUCGAAGAAUUCGAGUAUAAUACGAGAAUGAUACACUCCUUUAUCCAUUAAAACUAGUGAUCUCUCAAAUCUGUCGUCUUCCACAAGUGUCUGGCCAAAAUUGAAACUGGAUGACCCACAGCUUUUCAGCUAAAUCCCAGUAAAAUAGAAUUGUUGGUUUUUGCCUCAACUCAAAAAGCUACUUAUAUUCAAUACAAAAUCUACACCCCUGUUCAUACACUCAGAGAAAAAUAUAAAGAUGAGAUUUGCAAAAUGAGGAAGGACUGGCAGAAAGGAGGAGCUUGCCAAAAGUAAGUGCUCAAAUCAAGACUUAUAACAUCACUUUCCAUAACUGGUGUUCCAAAGAUCUGACCAUAAUAAUGCCCGUUUAUUACCUGUGAUUGGUUUUAUUAUCUGAUUCAUUCCUGUGGCACGCAUGAGAUAUUUAAACUUGAUAUUUCAGCUGCAGCCCAGACAGUGUCAGGAACAAGUCAAAAACUUUUUGUGUCUUUCAGUCAUUAAGACUCAAAAAGGAUUAGGAGCUGGGUGUGACCAGGUCAAGUUUAAUAUUGUUGUUGGAGAUAGUGUCACUCUCUGACAGCCGAUCUUUGUGGGACUGACCUCAAGCCUUCAUGGCACCAGAACAAAUUCCUGCAACUGCAAACGUGUCAAGAGUACUAGGCAGUCUAAAAAUAACAGCAAACUGACUGACAGAUAACAGCAGGGCUCUGCUGGUAGAGAUUAAUGAUUACUGCACGUCUCUUAGGACUGUGUUUUAGAGUUGGUGGCAUCUGAUUGGACACAUCUGCUUCAGCCACAUAGAUUUGAUUCUCUGCAUACUUAGUGCUAAUUGGCUCCAUUUUAUGUGAAGCUAUUUUACAUACUUUAAGAAGGUAUGCACAUGUUCACACACACACACACACACACACACACUGCCCAGCGUCUCUAAAAAUAGCAGGUGUUGGAUGUCUGUGUGGAGAUAAAUGCUUUGAUAUGAACCUCAUGCAUACAAGCAGACUUAGAGUGUAAUCAAUAAGUCGGAUUUUUGCUCCUCUUUACUAGCUUUAAAAAAAAAAAAAAACAGGGACGGACUAUUUGUGGGAAAUACACCCUGGGGUCUCUGUCUGUCUCUGCUGCCCCAGAUACAUCAGACACACACACUUCUCACUGUCCAGGAAACCCUUAAAGUCACCUUCAUAACACACUGUGGGAGAGCUGUAGCUAUUCCUGUCCAUAAGGUCUCACACAUCCUACAACACUCCACUGCUUUGAUUAAUGAGCAGCAAUCAGCUCACCUGCACAUAGAAAACCCUUCUUUACUUACCACUAUUAGCUGUGGCCAACUCAGUGAUGGAGAAAUGUAAAUUUGAAGUGAAAAUUGCACUGUUUAGUGACGAAGAUAUGCUCAUUUUGAAUGACAUGCCAGAAAUGCUUCAAAAAAUUGUUUCAGAGUCCUUUUUCCCAGUGGGUUAUCAGCUCUUCUUUUACCAACACUCUGCAAAUGUUUUUGAACCCAGGAGACCAGCUUCUGGCGUUUGGAUUGUGAAAUGUCCCAUUCUUGCCCGAUGUGGGAUUUGAGCUGCUCUACAGUUCUGGGUCACCUUCGUUGUAUUUUUCGUCAUGAUGCUUCAGAUGUUUUCAAUUGAGGGCAAGUCUGGACUGCAGGCCAGUCUAUUUGGCAGCUGGACUCUUCUACUACAGAGCCGUGCUGUUGCAAUACAUGCAGGUUGUGGUUUGGCAUUGUUUUUCUGAAGUAUGAAAAUCUGCUGUGCAGGUGACACUCAAUUAUACCUAUCACUGAAGCUUGUACCCCAACCCUAAUAGAUGAACUACACUUGAAGCAUGAUUUACAUACAUAAAGACCUAAAUGUCGUUAGCUACUCAAUCAGACAGACGGAAGUUAUUGUUUAGAAAGUGAAGUUAGACAGACAUUUGAAAAAAAGUGGUCUUUUUGACUGGGAUGUCAUUUAAAUCCUACAUCUAACAAAUCUCUUGAGCUGCCUUUUUUCACCUGUGUAAUGUGGCAAAAAAUCCAACACAUCCUGUCUCAGAAUGACGCAAAGAGAUUAGUCUAUGCAUUUGUCACCUCCAGGUUGGAUUACCCACCACCAUCAUGUCUUAAGAGCUCAUAGUUCCCUGCCAGCACAUUGAGGUCCUUAUAUACAGGUUUGCUCAUUGUACCUUAAGUCUUGAAAAGUGGUCUGGGUGGUAUUGAGCUUACAAGGCCUCUCUUCUCUGUAAUCAUCUGUCAGUCAAGGUGCAGGGGGCAGAGACCCUCUCUACCUUUUGGGGCUGUUCCUAUAUGAAAAAGCUCACAGCUGGUUCAGGUUUAGGCCAGCUCUUAGUUAUGCUGCUAUAGGUUUAGACUGCUAGGGGAACUGGCACACCAAGCACGUCUUUCAAUCACCAUCCCCUAUCCGUCAUUAGCUUUAAAUCAUCGUGUCCGACUGAAGUCAUUAAAGUCACUAACCACAGUCUUUUCUGUAAGUCCCUGAGCCCUUCAUCCCAUAGAUUUCUCUGGAUUGCUUCUGCACAUCCUUCUGCUGUGGAACUGCCUGCUUCCAAGCUGCCUCAACUGCAUGCAUCAUUCCCACCAUUUUAAACACUGUUAGAAAAGCUAAUGUUACUUUAUUAGCAUCAGUCGUUCUACUUUUAUCAUUGUUACAAAGCUGGUGUUGAUUCAGUAGCAUAAGACUCUCCAUUUUUAUUACUGUCACAAAGCUAAUGUUACUUUUAGGGCUUUUCUCCUCUUUCUGCUUUAGUCAUUCUAAUUUUAAGCCCCAUUUCUUUCCUCAACCUCAUUAUUAUGUAUGCUUUCACUGCUAUUGCUUUCAGUUAUUGACUUUAAUUUGCCGUAAACUGAACAAAUGUUUAAUCAAGAACCUGGGUUGUUCAAUUGUGAUGAAAUUAUGAUUUUUUUUUUUCUUUUUUCAGAUUCAUAUGUUGUCUUCAAAAAGGUUAGUUGCGAUUAAAAUUGAAAGAACUCUGUAACUGCUGUUUAUGUAAAAUUUAGUGGGAUAUUUACACAGAAGGUAAACAUAGUGAUUUUAAACUAGUCAGAUAAGUGGAAAUACUCAGAAAAGCUACUCACUCGUAUAAAUUUCCACCCCAAUUGUGGUGUCUUUUGAUUGUUUAGCAAGAUGAAAAUUUGCUGUUACCAUUUAAAUUCCAGAGUCCACUUUUUAUCUGGGGGUAAAAAAUCCGUGUUUGGAGCUGCUGGGACUCCCCUGAAUAACCCCCUCGAGGGCUUUUCUGUUUAUACUCGGUCUAUUUCCGGGGCUGAAUGCGAUCCUCCUCGUGCGCCCUCGUGCGCCUCACUCUCUCAGGUGUCAAUUUCUCUCUUCGUGUCCUUCUAUGUUUUUGUUGUCUUCCGGACUCCCCUUUACUUUCUGCCGGACCCCUCUGGACCCCCCAGGACUCUCUGUUACAUGUUCGGUUGUUUCAGUCCUCUGUACUGAACAUGGAACCCCCGGACUUUGAGGCCAUGAACUACACGGUCGACCCGGGUCCGCCGGGUUACCCCCUGUGCGAAGCAUGGAAGGAGGGCGCAGAGGGCUCCGUUUUCCACCUCUCCAACAUCCUCCUCUUCCUCGGCUUCAUGGGGGGUAGCGGGUUUUACGGUCUCUUAUACCUGUUCAGUUUCCUGACCGUGGGCUUCUUCUGCUCCACGCUGUGGGCUUGGUCGGACUCCUGCACCACAGACUCGUUUCUGUGGAGCUUCGCGCUGUUCGGGGUGUGUUUGGGGCAGCUGCUGUACGUCUCCUACCGGCUGAGGAGCGUCUCUUUCGAAAAGGACUUCCAGGAGCUGUACGCCAGCGUGUUCCAGAGGCUCGGGGUGUCGCUCACACACUUUGGGAAGAUCGUCGCCUGCUGUGAUGGACACAUCCAGAGCCUGGAGAAGGACCACUGCUUCGCCGUCGAGGGAAAGACCCCCAUAGACAAGCUAUCCGUGCUCCUGUCAGGCAGGUAAAUACAGCACUGAAUACACACUGAAAACAUUCAGGUCAAACCUGACAGUUUUCUGCAGAGGGAUAAAAAAAAAAAUGAUUACAGAAAACUUUGCUGUCCGCAGGGUCUUGUCAGUGUAGUCAAUACGUUUUAUUAGCGUCAAUAUUAUACAUUUAAAAAAAUAUAUGUUGCCUUAAAUUCAAAGUAGCUGUAGUUGGACGAAACACUUGACUCAUGAUACCAUUGGAUUCAGGGUUAUGUGUCUAUGACUGGAUUUUCCCCUCAAAUCUUAGUGAGUGAAAUUGAUUCAGUUUAUGUUCCAGCUUCACAGGGGGCAUUGCUAUCUAUCUAUCUAUCUAUCUAUCUAUCUAUCUAUCUAUCUAUCUAUCUAUCUAUCUAUCUGCAUCCCUGGAUAUUUGUAAUUCUUAAUUUAUCUUGUUGUCAUAUCAGUUCAUGAAGAGUCAGCAUCACAGAUGUCUGUUAAAGUUAUGUCUUUGGUCAAACACACACAUUCUCCAUCUGUCACACUUCUACAAAUAAAAGUUGAGUGCAGACAUUAAUCUUUAAUUUUGGAAACCAUUUAAUGCAACAUUGACUUUCACGAUACUGCUUAAUUUUGAUACAGGUAUGCAGUGUAGUUUAUAAGACUAAUAGCUAACAUUUAGAGCCGAUGUGCAUUGACAGUAAAAAUUGAAAAUUUUAUGAUGAAAUUUGGAAUAUGACAAACAGGAAACUUUGCUUGAGAAAACUGUGUGUUGUCUGAAAAGGUAUUCAAAGCUUAUGCUGUGCCUCCUGAUGACAACAUUAAGAUGUAACAUGUAAAGGUCUAAAAACAUGGGACCUAAAAUUGAUCCCUGGGGGACACCACAAUUUGUUUUAGAAUUCCCUGUCAGAAUAAUAGGAUGCAAACCCAUUAGCCACAGUGCCAGAGCCGCCAAUAACAUUGUGGAGCCUGACUUAGAGAAUUAUGUGGUCAACAGAGGGCAUUUUCUGAUUCCCUGUUUUACCAGAGGUCAUGUACAAUUCUGACACGUGCAGUCCUUGUGCUGUGAUUUGUCCCACAACCAGACAGGUAGUUUUCACACUUGUGCUAAGAUUAAUGGUCCAACUUUAGAGUUACUGUCAUGGCCCACACAUAGAUACAGCAGGAAUAAACCAACAGCUGUCCAACCAAAGUGUGGGCUGAAGAUACAGCUCAUUUCUUACCUACUCCAAUACCAGUGUAGAUAAACACCUUACUGCCUUAGAUUAUGUGAAUCAGAGACAGGGCUUCAUCAUUGUUGCAUUGUGCGUCUUGAUGGUCCAUUUUAUCCAGCUACACUUACAGCAGAAGAAAAUAACCUGUUGCUGCAGGAGACAGAGGUCUGAUAUGACUCAGAGUCUGCUCGCAGAUGAAUUGUGGGUAAGGUGAAAUAAUGAGAGAUUUUAGUCAGGCAGAACAUACUGGCCCUGCUCCAUUUUCUCCUCCACAUGAGAGCUUGACAAGAGGGAUGCAUUACGGGUCAUAUAGAAGAGUUAUAGGACCCAAUAACAGAUAAGAAAUCUUGACUACAACUACCUUUUUGCAUCAACCUAAAAACAGACAAAAAGAUGGAGCUUCAGCAGCCUUUAGCUCUGCAGCUUUCAUGUAAACAGCCAUAACAUAUCCACCUGUCAGUCAACUACCUACGCACCUGACUAUGCAAAUUGGUGCAUAACUCUCAUCCUUGAUGUAAUGGAGGUAGAUAAGUGUGAGCAUCCACACAUUGUGUGAUUAUGCGUCUCCUGAUGCAUCUCCAAGGACCAUUUCAGAUAAAUCUGACCUUCCUCAAAUAAACAAAGCACCAUCAAAACUAACUUUUGCAAUGUGUGUUGACACUAAAUGACUAAAAACAGAGUUUUAGAGAGUCACACACUUUUCUGAUGUAUGUCAAGAAAAAAUCAGUUUUACACUGCAUCUGGAAAUAUUUACAAUGCUACACCUUUUUCACAUUUUACAGCCAUAUUCCAAAGUGGAUAAAAUUCAUUUUCCAUCCAUCUACCGCUCAACCAAUUGCAAAGUGAUAAAAAGUUUGUUUGAAACUUUUGCAAAUUUAUGAUAAGUAAAAAACAAAAAUAUAACACGUACAUUAAGUUUUCACAGUGUUUGCUCAGUACUUUGUAGAUGCACCCUUGGCAGCAGUUACAGCCUCAAGUCUUUCUGAGUAUGAUGCUUCAAGCUUGGCACACCUAUUUUUGGGCAGGUUUUUGCAUUCUUUUUUGCAGAACCUCUUCAGCUCCAUCAAGUUGGAUGGGGAGCAUUGAUGCAAAGCCAUUUUGAGAUCUCUCCAGAGAUGUUCAGUUGGGUUCAAGUCUGGGCUCUGGCUGGGCCAUUUAAUGAUAUUUACCGAGUUUGUUGUCUCUGCUGUGUGCUUAGGGUCGUUGUCCUGUUGAAGAUGAAUCUUUGCACCAGUCUGAGCUUCCAGAGCGUUGUGGGGCAGGUCAUCAUCAAGGAUGUCUGUGUACAUUGCUGAAUUCAUCCAUUCCUCGACCCUGACUAGUCUUUCAGUUCUUGCUGCUGAAAAACAUCCCCACAGCAUGAUGUUGCCACCACCAUGCUUCACUGUAGAGAUGGUAUCAGAAUAGUGAUGAGUGGUGUGUGGUUUCCUCCAGACGUGACGCUUGGUGUUCAGGCCAAAAAGAUCAGUCUUUGUUUCAUCAGACCAAAAGAAAAUUGUUUCUCAUGGUCUGAGAGUCUUUCAGGUUCAGAAAAAUGUAAAAACAGUGUAGUGCUAUGAAUACUUUACAGGUGUACUGUAUAUUCAGAUCAACACAGUUAACACCAAUCAGGUGCCAGCAGGCUUUGGUGUCUGCAGAAAAAAAAUUGCCUGUAUAGAGAGCAAAAGCAGGAGGAAAACAAUCCCCCUUAAUGACAUUUUGACUCCCAUUGUUGGUAGUCUGAGGAGGAUCUUUUGUCUCUCUUUAAACAGAUAUCUGCAGCGAGGUUAGCUAACAGUCUGUUCAAGAUCAAACAUUUACACUGAGAUACUGAGACACUGAACUGUUUGAUGCUGAGUAGCAAAAGAUAAUCAGCUUGAUACUGAGUCGUGAAAGACAAUCAGCAUCAACAUUUCCUGAUUUCCUGGAGCACAUCAGAAGUGAUGGAUCUGACUGCCAUUAAACAAACAUUUUAAGAAGUUGUUUUCUUCUUCUCUUGAUGACAGACCUGACAAAGCUGGCUUUUCCCUAAUUGGCAUCACAAUGUCAUUAUUUCAUCAAACUUGAGAUCAAUUAACCACAAGAAAAUCACAGGAAACUCAGUGACUUUUGCAGCCUUAUACCGCUGAACUUACUAUUUACCCUGAGACACACCACAAACAGAGGAAAACUGAGCCUGAGUGAAGGCUUUGUACCUAUUAUUGACAGCAAGCUGAGGUUUAACACAAACACAUAAACAGUCUGUAAGACUAACUGUAAAUGAUAAAACUGGGACACAAAAGAGAGACAUAAAAUGCGAGCUGGUGGUUACUGGACUGAGCUCUUACCUAGGAAGAGUUGAAACGCUGCUGUUAUGAGAUCUUUAGACUCAGAUAUCUGAGGGGAAAAAAACAAAAAAAACACUGGAAUCCUCUUAAGCCAAAACCUGCAACAGUGGUGUUUCAUUCCUCCAACUGUUAGACGCAGAACACCUUCCGAUUAGUGCUGUUAUUGAUGAUUUAAUUCAAAUACCAAAAAUGUGAAUAUUGAUUAAAAUUUAAUCUCUUCUCCUGCAGGAUCCGUGUGACAGUAAACGGGGAGUUUCUGCAUUACAUCUACCCGCUCCAGUUCCUGGAUUCACCUGAGUGGGACUCCCUCAGACCAUCAGAGGAAGGAGUGUUUCAGGUUCAUGUGAACUCAAAUGCAUUAACAGAAAAAAAGAAAACAAUUUCAAGCUUUAAUAAAUAUGGUGCAUUGAAACUAUCCAUAAAAGCAAGAGUACACCCAGAAAUGCAAUUGUAGAGACUUCAAUGUAUGCUUGGACCUAAGAACAUAUAAACCAAACUGCCAGUUGUUGUUAAUGAAUGAAACGUCUGAGAAUAAAUUUAAACUGCUAAUGGUGCAUUUCCACCAAGUGCUCUGGUCUGGUUGUACUUGUAUUUCCUCAGCAGACUGUUACCAACUCUGGUGCUUCAUGCAGAAAGUGUGUUGGCAGAGUGACAACCUCAGAAUGGCUUGAUUUUGGCAAUGCAUGACAACAGAUGAGACUGCUCAGGCUGUGUCAAGCAUGAUAAUCAGACUGUGGUCAUACUUCUGAAAUGUUUUUCUUAAAGACAGAGUUUUAUCUACUUUUUUUGUGGAGGGAUCCACCCACUUAAUUUAACUUUUGUGUUCAUAUUUUUGCUGAAAAUACCUGGACAAAUAUCUUUUUUGUGAAAACCUACAGAGCAAUAAACCUUAUAAAACCUUAAAAAAUCUUACCCUCUUUCACUCUGGGCUCCAGGUGACCCUUCGAGCUGAUAACCCCUGCAGGUACGUGGCAUGGAGGAGGAAGAAACUCUAUCUACUCUUUGCAAAACAUCGCUACAUAGCAAAGAUCUUUGCGCUGGUUGUGCGUAACGACAUUGCAGAGAAGUUGUACUCUCUAAACGACAAAGCCCUCAACAGCUCCGGACAUCGCUACGACCUCCGCUUACCCAGCUACUGUCAUACACCAGGGACAGAGCUGGAAAAAACAGAUGUGCUCCUGCAGGUGCCCACACAGGGGGGCAGGACGACUUGAACACACACACACACACACACACACACACACACACACACACACACACACACACACACACACACACACACACACACACACACACACACACACACACACACACUCACUGCCCUACUUUGAUGCUGGACUGACUCAGUGCAGAAAGAGAAGGGUGAUGGGGUUGUUGUUUCAUUUUUACCAGGUAGGAAAUAGAUUUAAAAUAAAAAAAUAACUCAUAAAUCUGCCUGGAUAUCCUAAAAUAUGCAAAAUUGUUAAGGUGAGGCAGACUCUGAAAGAAAUACUCAACGCCACAUUUUGUCUGUUUACAAAAUGCCCCAGCAACACUAAAUAAACCUAGCACAGAGGUAAAAACAGCUGUACUCUACUGAGUCCAUUAAAACAUAGGCUCAUCAGUAUGAGAUGGUAUAAUUACUGCAGUUAGGUUCAAUGGCAGAUGUUGUUUUCCAGUUUUGUGAGCUUGUUUAUCUGAAAUCAUGUUCCAUGUAUCCAAAGAAAAGCAGUGAUCAUGACAUAAUGUUUUUCUGUGUUUGUAUGUUCAUGGAAAUGGUCUUAAACUAUUUUGGAAAGUUACAAAAAACAGAAAUUGUGUUUUUUAAUGAAAAACUUAAUACUUGGAUGUAUUGAUACAUUUUGAAUGUAGAGUGAAAUAAACAGGCUGCAGCAGAUGUCUUAUGCAAUGUGCAAUACUGUGAGUCCAGAUAGUUUAGAACCUUGUGUUAGUGCAAUGUUGUGCAUUGUAAAAAUUGUAAAAAUACAAAUGUAAACAAGUUGAAGUGUCAAAAUUGUUAUUUAAUAGAUAAAGACUAGCUUGUUUUAUUGUUUGCUUUUAAGAAGGAGAGCCUGUUAUUAAUAUGUGUCCAAAUUAACAACACUGCAAAUAAUCAGAGCUGUUGUAAAAUACAGCUGUAAAGAUUAAAGUGACAAGCUCUGUCUCAAACAAUGGGAUUUUACAUUAAGGAGCCAAAAAUAGAAAAAGGAAAAAAUAUAUAAUAUAUUUAUUUUACUUUUGUAGUUCACUAAAAUUCUGGUGGGCCUUGUUGUUAUAAAUAAAACUCAUUCAAUUGAACUCACUGUGUUGAAUGAUUAUGUUUUUACUUUGAAGGCAUGUUUGAAAGUAAAAGAUCAGAUUAAUGUAAAUCUAACAUUUGAUAUUACUGACUGAAGUCUGAAUUCUGACAUUCUUAAGAUGCAGACCUAACUCAGAAAUUAGUAGACUUCUGUUCAAAUUCAGAUACCAGAGAAAUGUUCAGAAAUUUUUCAGAAAUUUGUGAUUAAUCUCUGAAUUUAUGAUUAAAUUUUAAAUUCUAA